AACAAUCCUUCAUUAGCUGACAUUUCCUCACAAGUUAUAACUUUUCAUCAUGGCUGCUCAAAACCAUGUCCAAAUUACCAUUCCUAAAGAAAAUCAAGCCUCUGAAGAGGAUUUUGACUACUCUCAAAGAGCACAGUGGCUUCGAGCUGCUGUGUUAGGAGCAAAUGAUGGAUUAGUCUCAAUUGCAUCCUUGAUAAUGGGGGUCGGAGCUGUCCAAGAAAACGUUAAAACCAUGAUUCUUACUGGCUUUGCAGGGUUGUUUGCUGGUGCUUGUAGCAUGGCUAUAGGAGAGUUUGUCUCUGUGUACUCUCAACUAGACAUUGAGCGAGCUCAAAUGAAGAGAGACAGAGCAACAGGAGGACAGAACCGAGAACAUCAACAAGACAAAGAAGGUAACAAGGAACAACUUCCAAAUCCAUUUCAGGCAGCAGUAGCCUCGAGUAUUGCAUUUUCAUUAGGUGCCAUUGUGCCAAUUCUUGCUGCUGCAUUCAUAGCAAAUCAUAAGGUGAGGCUUGCUGUGAUCGUGGCAGCGGUGAGCUUGGCAUUGGUAGCAUUUGGAGGAAUUGGUGCUUUCUUGGGCAGAAGUCCUAUGGUGAAAUCCUGUGCCAGAGUUUUAAUUGGUGGAUGGAUGGCUAUGGCCAUUACCUUUGGCCUUACCAAGCUGAUUGGCUCUACUGGCUUGGAAAUGUGAUUGAAACUUUCUGUUCCUGGCCCGUCCCUUGUUCUACUUUAAUCUCAUCUUAUCAAGAAAUUUGUACUGCUAGUUGACUAAACCUUCUGUGUAAUAAUA